AUGGAACCUCGUCCCACGUCAAGCGUUUAUUCUGACACCUUCGACCUAGAUGACCUGUUGCUGAGACUCACGAGGCAGACUGAUGAACAGUAUGACACGGUCAUACCCCUCCUACUUCAGGAGAACAAGACUCUUUAUAGCGAGCUUAUGGCGACGCGUCGGUUGUGGAGAACCCUACUUAGCCUUGUUCGGGACCUUGUCGAGUUGGCCGAUCAGCUACGUGACUUGCUCAAGAUAACGAGAUCGGAAUUAGAGCAUGAAAGAAGGAGUUAUCUGGCGAAUUGCACCGCAUUCUAG